AUGGCCACUAAGGUGGACUUCAACGCCUUGAAGGCCCGGACCAUGGGGUCUGGGGCUGACGAGGAAGCAGUGACAGUAGACACCAGAGGGCUGAUCUCCAAAGUCCUCGCUCGUUAUUCCGGGAAAUGGACAGUCCUACGAGAGAUGAUUCAGAAUGCCGCCGAUGCGUCUGCCACGAAAGUCACGAUCAAGUUUGAAACUAUCCCAUCAACUACGAUACCGUCACCUACAACGAACGAUCCUACUGCGCACCUUAAGCACACUAUCACUAACCACGCACUGCGGCGCCUCCUCGUCUCAAACAAUGGAUCCCCAUUUAGCGAGAAAGACUGGGCACGACUCAAGCGAAUUGCGGACGGAAACCCUGACGAAACAAAGAUCGGUGCAUUCGGCGUUGGAUUCUACAGUGUGUUUGAUGAUUGCGAGGAGCCCUUUGUGUCUUCCGGUAACCAGGCUAUGGCCUUUUACUGGAAAGGCAAUGCACUGUUCACCCGUCGUUUAGACCUUGGUGAAGCUGGAAGUCCAGACACAACAUUUGUCUUGGACUACCGUAAUGAUACAUCUCCCGUGCCCUCCUUACUACAACUGUGUCAAUUUUUGUCCAGCAGUUUGACGUUCGUCUCGCUACAGGAGAUAGAACUAUGGCUAGAUGACUGGACUCUACUUCGCCUUUCGAAGAAGACAGCCCCCAGUGUUGAGGUUCCGAUUCCGAGAGAUAUCGACACCAAGACACCAGAAGGGCUGAUGAAGAUCGUGAACGUCACUCGGGAGAUUGCCCAAGUCGACGCUUCAUGGAUGCGAAUCGUGGAAUGGAAUCCUAAUGCAAGUAUCCUGAGUCUCGAUAAUAUUCGCGACACGACCAGCUCGCUGCGGUCCUUUUUUUCCAAAUUCACGCAAACUGCGCCAGAGAAGCAACCCAACAAAAAGCCAGAGUUGGAGCGCCCAGAGGACUCGGGUAAUUUGAGUGCUAUGCUCUCAGCAUCGGUCUUUUUGCACAUUAAUACGGCCUCUCUGCAGCCUUCCAUCAGUAGAGACUUGGCAAAGGAGCUGGAACGAGCGACUCGGAAGCCACCACCAAAGAAAGCCACGCUUGCGAUCUUGACCCCUUCAUAUGAUGCCAGCAUGGCGAGUGAAGCAUCUUCAUCACAGUCAGAGGUUCUAUCAUCCAUUCUACCAACAAAAGCCGGAAGGGUCUUCAUUGGAUUUCCUACAGCACAAACGACUGGUUUGAACGCUCAUGUUUCAGCGCCAUCUGUAAUCCCUACUGUUGAGCGCGAGAGUAUCGAUCUCAACACCCGAUAUAUCAGCAAGUGGAAUCUCGAAAUGCUACGCGCAGUGGGGAUCGUUUGUCGAAUCGCCUGGUCCGCGGAAAUGGCUACGAUCAAAUCCAAAUUGCAGAUCAAAAUCGGCCCAUCCCGCACUAAAGUCCGUAAGGAUGACAUUGUGGAUGUUCUACCUGAAGCGAUCCAUACCGCGAACCAAUUUGUAUUCCGCGAAUCUACACCUUCGUCGAUUUUGGGGCAGACAAUUGAGGAUGCCUUCUGGAUGUGUAACAAGAACGCGUCUAUUGAGAUUUUGUCCACAUGUGGCGUUAUUCCCAGUCAUCAGACUCGCAUUGCACCGAAAGAAUUAAGCUUCAUGGACUCAAUACCUGCCUUGCCUGAUGACUUUGUCCAUGGUGCCAAGGAGUUUGUCAGAAGACUCACUGAUUUCGGUCUGGUGACAGACAUCACUGUCUCGGACAUCAAACGUGAAUUGGAAUCAAACACUCUGCGGGCUAACCAGGUCAUUGAGUUCAUCUCCUGGCUUGGUCGCAAAUCUGUCACUGGCCAGCUGGAUGGGCUUUCAAUUCAAAGCUUGCUGCGUGUUGCAGUGGCCAAUGAUGAAGGAACAGACGGAGUCCCCACUCGUUUGAUCAUCUUUGCAGAUAUCACUGAAUUCUUGAACCCCCAACGCAUCCCCGCGGAUCUUCCCAUACCACCAAGCGUGUUGCCAUUCCGCUUUACCAAGUCUUUGGGCAAGCAAGAGCUGGAAGCAUUGGGAUGGGUCGAGCUCCAGGUAGUUCCUUGGUUACGAUGGAUCGUCAACAACGCUGGCAAUCGCAGUAUCUUUUCGGUUGAUCAGGAUAUCACGAAGACGCCAGCUUUCUCGGGUCAGAUUCUUCCUGUGCUGUCAAAGCAAUGGGAUGCUCUCAGCUCAGCGUCUAAACAAAGUGUUGUUACAAUAAUCCAACCUCAGACGGUGAUCCCAACACGGCUGGGAAUGAAACAGCCCGCAGAAACAUACUUUGCUUCUGUGCGUCUCUUCGAUGACCUUCCCGUUAUCCACGGCCUGAAUGGGGUGAAAGAGAAAAUUCUUGUCUCGCUCGGUGUUCGCAAAACCGUGGAGCUUGGCGUUAUUUUCGAUCGUCUCAUCAACACCCCGGCCAUUGGCGACACCAAAAGUGGGCCUGCGCCACGGAAAUGGAAUCAUGUUGAUCUCAUCCGCUAUCUUGCCUCGGUGCGGGAGGACAUCCCUGUGAAUGAUAUCCAGAGAUUGAAGUCCACGAGCAUUUGUACUGCUGAGAGUGGAAGUGUCUCCGAUGGUACUCGAUACAAAAUUUCUGAUCUGUACGAGCCAAAGGAUGUGUUCCGAGCUCUCGGUAUGCCGAUCAUAGAAUGGCCGGGUAUCUACAACAGCAACAGCAAUGAGGGUAGAUUCCUUACAAUGAUGGGCCUAAGAAGCUACCCACCGGCUUCGGAGCUCAUCCGGCUUAUGGCAACGGGGAGUACAGAGAAGGACAGUCGAGCUACCAAGGCACUGUCAUACUUCCUUGAAGAAUAUCACACGAUUGGCUAUGGUUCGUUUGACAUAAGUGCUGUGUCAGUACCAUUCCUUCCCAUUGAAGGCUCGGACAGCCUAAGCGUGCCUAAGAAGUGCUUCACCGAUGAAGGUGCGGCAUUGUUUGGCUUCAAAAUCCUUCGAAAGAAUCUCCACCCUCAUGCCUCAAAGCUUGGUGUCAAACCUCAUCCUCCCAUGACAGAUUGUCUCCAUGUUCUCGCACAGAAGCCUCCUACUAAUAAUGCAGAUGCUCGGACCUUGUUCAAGUAUUUAGCAGGCAGGGUGUCAGAAUUGACUCAACAAAACAUAGAUCGCACAGGAAUGACUCCCAUCGUUCCGAUCGUCAUGCGUGACCAGUCCGAGAAGGGUGCGAAGACUCGACUUGUUGCGCCCAAAUUGUGCUAUCUUGGAGACGGAGAGGAUUAUAAGGACAUCUUCGACUUUGUCAAUUUCGGUCUAGAAGCAAACUUAUUCCUCAUGGCUGUUGGCUCGAAACGAGAGCCUACGAAAGUUGAGAUUGCACGGAUACUGGUCAAGGAACCGGCUCGGAUCAACGCUGCAUUCCAGAGUUCUGAUAAAUACCUCAUGCUUCUCAGGACCCUUGCAGAGCACCUUCCAACCUUGAAGAAGGAUAGAGAUCUGUUCAUGGAAAUGAAGAAAGCCAGAUUCCUUCUUGCUAGCCGAGAUCUGCCUCCGAGUGCGGUGGAUCAGCCUAAGAAUGAAAAGGCUGCUGGUCAAAGUUUGAACGACGACGACGACGACGAACUGGACGUCAGGCAAUGGGAAUUGACAUCGCCUAGAGACAUUGUCGUGGUUGAUGAUUUCCAAAGCUUCAACCUGUUCAAACAGCACAUUUUUGCCGCACCUCAAGAAGAAGCGUUGGAGAACUUUUACACUGCUCUUGGUGCUAUUCCACUAAGCAGCCUUGUCGAAGAGCAGAUGCGGGUUGGCCAUCUGACGCCUGAUCAAAGAUCAUCCCGCCAGCUGCAUAAGCUGAUUCUUGAACGCACGCGUCUUUUCUUCCACGAUCAGCCAUCAGACUCUAUCCUGCAUGAUACUCGUUGGCUAGAAAAUUCUUUCAAGGUGCAGACUGUGACUGCUAUCAGUCUUACAAGAUCUCUCAAGGGACGACGGGUCUCACACACACAGAAACGAAAUGCGAUCGUCGAUCGCUUAUCCACGGGGUGGACCAUGUGUAUUCGCCCAGAUCAAUUUGACCUGUAUGAAGUUAGUCAAUCGCUGGUGCAUUUGAUCUUGAAGCGACCCAAACUCCAUUCAACCCUCACGCUGGAGAUGUUGCUGAAAACGGAUCUGCUGGAACUGCGAGCACGUGGCUACAAUGUGGAGCGUAUUUUGAGACAGAAGGCCCAAGAAGCUCGAGUCGCAGAAGACAAACGCCAGAAGCAAGUCGAGGAGGAGAGACGCCUUAUACAGGAGAGAGAAGCUGCGUGGGCAGCAACUCAAACCCAGCGUGCUGAGCAAGAGAGAGCUGAAUCGCAGGCACAGGCGCAAACACAAGAAAAUUCCAUGCCUGGUGUUUUCCCGGAGUCGCCCAACAGCAAGACCGUGUCUGCAGAAGCACAUGCACCGCCGGCAGAGCCUGCUCCAGAACGUCCUAGCAGGGGGCUAUUCGCCAAUCUCUCUAAACGAUUUGGUUUGGAUAAAACCCCUGGCUCCGAGGAGCAAUCUCGCUCACCUCUCCCUGAAACAUCCACACCCCCCACCCCCCACCCUACUCUCCCAAUGACCCCCAAAACCAGGGCCAGAGCAUGUCGACCACACGGAUCCUCUGACGUCUACAGCCGACCAGAAACGAACCAAAUUCAAGAAAGCAAGUCCUACUGCGAUGAACGGCCAAGCCACGAUCUCGAGUUUGUCGCCACACUGCCCAAGAGUGGUAUGAACGUUCUGUUCACCAAGUCAGUUGUAGACCGAUCUUCCUUCCUGGCCACCAAUCGUGCAGGGUUCAACCUCUUUGCAUCAGUCUUACUUGACUGUGGUUCUAUCUUCUCCAUGCGGGCUGACAGCUUGAGCAUCUUCUACGAUCCCGGCGGCAAAACCAUUGCGUUCAACCGUGCGGGGAGCAUCUUCUGCAACUACUUCUAUUUCCAGACAUUGCAAGAGAAGGCGCUGCUGCAGCAAUCCACAGAUCGCACGGAUGCCAUCGUCUAUUGGUGGGUGAUCUUGUGUCACGAGCUGGCGCACAACUUGGUUGGAGAUCACAGCUCCGCGCACAGCUACUACACUGAGGGAUUUGUUGCGCAGUAUUUCCCCAAGGUCGCUGUUAAGAUUGCUUCCUUGCAAACGACUGAAAACACCCAGUCCUUGAUCUAG